AAAGCAUUAAGGUUACGUCCCACCUCGUCUCCACUCAUGCAGUCUCCUCCCAUGGCGUGCUUCAAUUCUAAUGAUUCACGCUAAUCUUUCCCUCGAUACAAUGAAAUCUAUCCGAGAUUACUACGUCUCUCUCUCUCUCUUCGUGCUAUCAUAACCUGGGCACCGAUUGACCCAACCAUCUCCUCCUCGUCUACCUCUCGUCGACCUCUGAGUGCUUCCAGGCAGCGAAGGGAUGCCGCACGACUGAGAGGGUGAGGCCGCAGCUAAUUAAGCACCCAUCACCGCAGAAUUCGUCAUCGCAGAGGAGGAAGAAGAUGGGGUUUUGGUCGUUGCUCCUGGUGGCAUCCACACCAGUGGUGCAGGUCCUUCUCAUAGGCCUCCUGGGGGCAUACCUUGCAUCUGGUUACAGCAAUGUUCUUCUUCCCGGUGCUCGAAGGGACAUGAACAAGGUUGUGUUCACUGUCUUCACCCCAGCUCUCAUGUUUGCUAGUCUAGCAAAGACCGUCACCUUCCAAGAAAUCAUAUCUUGGUGGUUUAUGCCUGUCAAUAUCGGGAUCACAUUCCUAAUUGGGGGAAUUCUCGGAUGGAUAGUAGUAAAAAUCUUAAGACCACCAAAUCAUAUUGAGGGCCUCGUAAUAGCUGCUUGUUCAGCUGGUAACCUGGGCAAUCUGCUCCUGAUAAUUAUCCCGGCGAUCUGCGAAGAAGAUGGCAAUCCCUUUGGGGACUACAAGAUCUGCAGCGCCCGUGGAAUCUCCUAUGUUUCUUUCUCCAUGGCGCUUGGAGCAUUCUACAUUUGGACUCAUUCCUACAGUCUCAUGAGGAACGCUGGCAAAAUGUACCAUGCAACCCGAACAGCUAGUCUUGGAGUCACAGGAGCCAAUGAAGGUGGUCAUGGAGUCUCUGUGGAUCAGGAGAGUGUGCUUUCACCACCAGUGAAAGCAGUGCAAGGAAUGGCACAACACCAAAUUGAAAUCCCACUUCUAUCCGGUGGAAACCUACAAGACAAAAAGGUGAACUUGUGGGAUAAAAUCAAGGAAACUCUCCACAAAAUUGUCGAGGAAUUGUUGGCUCCACCGACUGUUGCUGCGAUUGUAGGAUUCGUUGUCGGUGCAGUGCCAUGGCUGAAGACUCUGUUUAUAGGCUCAAGUGCACCACUGAAAGUUGUUCAAGACUCGAUGAAGCUAUUAGGUGAUGGCACAGUGCCCUGCAUCACCCUCAUUCUCGGUGGAAACCUGACGCAGGGGCUACGCAAGUCCGUCGUCAGGCCUGUGUUGAUCGUCGCAAUAGUCUGCGUUCGCUACGUGAUCCUCCCCGCGUUCGGGAUCGCCUUGGUGAAAGCAGCCUAUGGAUUAGGCUUCGUGCCACACGAUCCACUGUAUCGAUAUGUGCUGAUGGUGCAGUUCGGUCUCCCUCCCGCCAUGAGCAUAGGCACGAUGGCUCAGCUGUUCGACGUUGCCCAAGAGGAGUGCUCUGUCAUCUUCCUGUGGACUUACUUGAUCGCGGCUGUUUCUCUUACAGUGUGGUCGACAGUCUUCAUGUGGAUCUUGUCUUAGAAUUCUCAUCAGAAUUAUUGUGUGUUAUAUAUACAGUGCCA